AUGAACCUAAAGUCAGAACAACACGACAAGCCUGAUGGAUGGCCGAGCGGCUUCUCAGAAUCUCCACACGAUUUCUUCUGCCUGUCUUUCCCACAUCACGGGCUUUUCCUGCUUGGACCUCCACUCGGCCCCAAGGCCAGCGCCUGGCUUGAGCAUCUGGGCAUGGUUCCCACCUUAUCCUCUUUCUCGAUGGGGAUCGCGGCUCGGGAAGCCUCGCCAUUCGCCAGCGCCGACUCGGCGUCGACGAAGGACCAACUCCCCGGCAGACUCUAUCGGGCCAUAACUGCACCUGCGGGAUGGCGCAGCCUAGCUUGGGGGCUCCAGAGUUUCCACAUUUUGGGAGAUGGAUCUCUCUUGGAGCGUCCUCUCCUCUGCGGAAGUGCCGCAGAUGGAGCUGUGAUGCACGAUGUGCCUGGCGAGGUGGUUGUGUAUAUACAUAUCGUCGAGUUUCUUCUUCUUCUCUGCCCUUUUGAGAAUUCUCUUCUUCAACGCCGCUCUCAUCGACAAUUUCUCACGAGUAGCCUCUCGUGCCUCUCCUUAUCCUUUGUGUUAUUCUUAAUUAUAGACACACGUCUCUCAUUGCUUAUACGUGUCUAA